GCGGCGGCGGGGAGCACGGGGAGCGGGGAGCGGGGAGCGGGGCCGCUGAGCGCCGGGCGCCCCCGGGCAUUGGCCGCCGCCGCCGCCGCGCCUUUGAGUCAGCAAACCCCGCCGCCUCCGCCAGCGCCGGAGCCGCCCGAUCCGCCCUGCCCUGAGCUGAAGAUGCUUCCGGAAGAACAGAAGGAGGAGUUCGUGAGCGUCUGGGUUCGAGACCCUAGGAUUCAGAAGGAGGACUUCUGGCAUUCCUACAUCGACUAUGAAAUCUGUAUUCACACCAAUAGCAUGUGUUUUACAAUGAAAACGUCCUGUGUACGGAGAAGAUUCAGAGAAUUUGUGUGGCUGAGGCAGAGACUGCAGAGCAAUGCAUUGCUGGUACAACUGCCAGAACUUCCGUCUAAAAACCUCUUUUUCAACAUGAACAACCGCCAGCAUGUGGACCAGCGGCGCCAGGGCCUGGAAGAUUUCCUCAGAAAGGUCCUCCACAACGCGCUCCUGCUGUCCGACAGCAGCCUGCACCUCUUCCUGCAGAGCCACCUGAACGCUGAGGACAUCGAGGCGUGCGUUUCGGGGCAGACCAAGUACACCGUGGAGGAGGCCAUCCACAAGUUCGCCCUGAUGUACAGACGCUUCCCCGAGGAAAAUGAAGACGGAGAACAAGAAAACAGCACAGAGUAUGGCUCAGAAAGUUCGUCCUCCGGGUUUGGACACAGCAGCGGAGACAGCAGCUCACAUGGGUGUAAAAGGAGCACAGCCCCGCAGGAUUCCUGAAAAAAUAAAAAUUCUAUCGUGACCAUCUUAGGAACAGCAAAUGAUGUCCAGUCCCGGAGGAGAAAGCAGCAGAUGUAUCUUUUACCUAAAGCUCCCUGUCACGAAAUGAGGCACUUACAUUCUCCAAGACGCUGGGUUGUUUAUCCAUGCUGUUUUCCCAUUGUCUUAUUUCGGCUACGCUUCUGUAAAACGCUGGAGGCCUAUGAUUACAACACUCUCCUUUGUAGGCCAACGUUAUUGCUAACACAACAUCCUGCCCUCCAAGGAGGUGUAUAGGUUUUUUGAAAAAACACAACACAAAAAGACCUGGUUGGUUUUACUGAAUUUGAAAAGAUAGGUAAAUAGUUGGCAUUUCAAAUCCAGACAGAGGGUUCCUCUUUGCAUCAGCGGGGCAGUGUUAUCGUCAACACAGCAGGAUGAGCUUCCCCACUCUGCAGACUGACAGCCGGCCGGCCUCCGCUCAGACUUGUGGCUGAUAUUUUGCCGGUCCCUCCCCCGCCCCGGGAAGGCACUUUGCUUUUGGGUGUUUGAAACCCUGUGAGCGAGUUUAACCUUCCCGGUAUUCUUCUCUUACAGGGAGAUGGGGAAGGUAUCUUAGGAACAGAGACACGCUAAAAUAAUGUUCACAUCCCAGACAAAACAGAAACACAGCCAGGGGCUUUGCUGAUACCUGCCAUAUGUAGAUGAAGAAAUACAGUUUCAUUGUCCAAAAGUCAGCUUUCACACAUGGUUUCUGGAGACAAGGCAUUUGUUUUCAUUAUCAUUGUGCAAUUAGAAUUACAGGUUAAUGAUUUAUUUUCUGACUAAAUAGGCAGUUUCCUAUCGCUAGAUAAUGUUCUCAGUGGUGGUGACUUGUUACUUAUCUUUAGGCUCUUAUACAAAUAAGUUUAAUGUUAUCAGUAAGUAUUCCCACAAUUUAGAAAAGGAUAUAACCGUAAUUAUUCAUUUUUUUAAAAGCCCUUUCUUUUUAGGUAGCUUCCAGAGAACUGGUGUAACUUAAAAUAAUUCAAUAAAAUAUUUUUUAAAAUGACCCAAAGAGAAAAUGUCUUAAACUACAUUGAACUUCAAAUUUCAGACGAGACAGCAUUUUCUUGAGACAAUUACCCAAGCGUCUUCCCUGCUGAAUGGUACGAAAUAUCUCCGAAACUACCAGGAAGAUAUUUUUACAUAACUGGGAUAACUUGUUGCUUUAAUUAAACGUGACCUCACCGCAUUUUAACUAGGAGUUUAAAAGUUACUGUAUCAUUAAAAAGUCUUUGGAAUGCUUGUAACUAAGAAGCAAUAGAAAAAAAAUUAAAUUUAGAAUAAGAAUGAUUCCAUACUUUCUCCUUUUUUGUUUUUGUUUGGUCUAAAACAUUAUUGAACGUAUAUAAACAUUCUGAUUUAAUGGAUUGGGUCUUAUUACUUUAUCAGCUAGGACUCAUUAUUUUAAUACAGAAAAAAAGGGUUAGCAGUUUCUUUUUACCUUGCCAAUGUGUGAAGUUUACCAUCCCGUCAUUUAAGAGCGGGUCCCAGCUCCUUGUGAUAUGUAUUUGAAUCACAUUAUUUCUGUUUUUCAGCUGUUUGGAAAAGGAUGUAUAUAUAUGCUACCAAUUGUCCUAUUAUUUUUAGAUGAUGUAAACAGCCACCAAAAUGGAUAUUAAGUAGUGCCUGAGACUGUGGCAUGCAAAACUUCACGAGAUCACCGUUUUCACAUUAAACAUGAAAAAAAAAAAAUCAA